AUUAACGCGGCUGUAGCUCCUGUCAGCACUUAACUAAACAUUUCUAUAUUUUACAAAAGAUAUUAGUUAUUAAGACACUUCAAAAUUUCUGUAUGAAUUUGUUUUAUUUAAACUAUAUUAGAAUAUAGCUAGCUGUCGCGUUUCUUAACAUGAAUUGGGUAGGAGGUUGGAGAAGCCGUGUAAUGAAAAGCGGUGACACAAGAAAACAAAAGGAGUUUUUUGAAAAGAAAAGAAUGCAGAACAGACAUAAUCUCUCUGCACCACCUCCACCAGUAACACCUAAGAAAGGCAAUGUUGGCAACAUGGAUUUACUUACGAUGUUUAUUGUAGAACAAAUUGCAUUAAAAAAAGAACAUGCUGGUAACCAUAAAAAAACACACUUACCUAAAUCAAAAGGAAUUGAUAAAUAUAUGAGUGGGCAGUCAUUAGAGCUGCCAAUGAGUCCUUGUUCUCCAUCACGCUUGAGCCUGGCAGAGAGCAAAUCUCACUACAGUGAGCAAACACUGGGUUUGAAGCAGAGAAAACAUAGUCUCCUAGAUGAAUUCAAGUUCAAUACGCUGUCACCGCUGCUGGAAACUAACCUGUCUGAUGCCGGCACGUCAGUGUGUCAGCACCGGGUUCCGGGCAGUGUAGGUUCCAUUUCUUCAGCCUCACCAUCCUCAUCAGAGGCCUUUAACCUCCAGUCCAGACCUACCGUACACAACUCCCCCUUGCCACCUACAGAACUGUACAGCACAAAAUCUCUUCAGCCAGUGGGGAUGUGUGAGUAUAAUCCACAAUGGACAGAGCCUUUUCAAACAGAGGCCCCCCAGACUAGAUUUGCAGAUGGAGUACAGUUUGGGAGUGUCUUACAUAGAAGUGAAAGCAGUGGGCCAUCCAUAUACUCUGUUGAGAACCCAUUUAGUGAUUUAAAGAUGAAUGACAGAGAAGAAAAGCCACACCUUUUUGGAUUUAACAGUGGACUUGAAGGCAGGAUACACAGAAUUGCCUCAGAACAUGCCUGUGAUUUACCAGUAACCUGUAAUCGCAGAGAGGGCUGUGUCACCUCAGAUGAUGCAACAAGCUCUGCUCCAUACAUUUUAGAAGAAGGAAAAAAUCAGGAUGGUCAUAACUACAUGUGUCACUCUAACGACAUUCUCACAACAAGCCAAACAAGAAGAGUUAUGUCCUUCAACCAGAAAGUGAUGUGUGACUAUGAACAUAGAGAAAGGGAGAGUAAAGCCUAUGGGAUUUCUAAAGCUUUGAGACGGACUAAUCACAAGCAUUACUGUGAAGAGGAUCAGUUUGUUCCCUCUUGUCUGCUGACUAACACACAAAGUGGUAAAACUCCCAGGACACAUGACAAGGCAACACAGACUGCAGAUUUUUCCAGUUUGACUUCUCAAGAUGCCUCAGUACAAUGUUGCCUUUUGAAAGCAGCUAGGAUGAGUAUUUUCACCAAGCCCACAUUUCAUAUUCACCACAGUAGAACACAUAAAGCUCCUGCCACUAGGAGGCAGACUCGUCACAGCAAAGAAAAUCCUGAUCAUAGACAGUUUGCUCUAACAGAAAUCCCAAAGGUGGGUUGGAACACCUCCUGGUUGAUGAAAAAACAGGAGCUCACAAAGCAAGUGCCUGAAACAAUUAAAAGGCAUGAAAGUUUGAGCAACUCUGAGAGACAGGCAUCCAUUAAAAAAACACAUCCAUUACUGCACUCCUCUCUCAUAAGUGGUCCAGAGCUAAAGGAGCAGCCAUCAGAGACCAUGGUGUUCAGAGGAGAAAGGUGUGAAGGUCAUGAGGAGGAGAGUGUGAAUCAAAACCCCACUGUGAACUCCAGCUGCACAGAGGAACACAAUGCCUUCACUGCUGAAACAGGUGGAGACAGGGUAUCUGAGGGGAAAGGAAAUCUUGAAGAAAUUGCUGACAUUCUGCUCAUGCUGAAGCAUAAAAAUAAGCAUCCAUAAAAAUGUGAGAUGACACCGACUUGUUUUGAAUGUUGAAAGUUAGCAUCUGUUUUCAGAAGCUUUAUAGUCGUAUGUGUCACUGGUUUGGAUGGUUGAGUUA